ACGAAGACAUUGGAAAUCGAAAACAAAACAUGGAGUUUGGAGAGUCAUGUGAACCCGAUUAUAUUCAAGAUGUACUUCAACAGCAAGUAGAAGAACAGAGUGUUGUGUGCGAUAUUAAGGUCAUAGCUAAGACAUGGGAAAAGCGAUAUCAUCUUCAUGUUCUGAUUGCAAGUCCAUUCUUUCAGCAUGUGUUUGACCACAAUUUUCAAGAGCAAAGUGAAGGCGCAGUGCAAAUGCACAUAGGCACCCCAGCAACAAUAGAUAUGGCGCUUAUGUUUUUGUAUGGGAAGGAGCCUCAACUUAACAUUGACAACAUCGGUGAGGUUCUAGGAAUAGCGGAGUUCUUAUUGCUACCGACGUUAAAAACGUUUUGUGUUCUGUGGCUUAAAAAAAACAAAAAAAUCUGAAAAUAAUAUUGUCCGUAUCCUUGAAAUGUGUUGUCUUUAUGAAUUUAAAAUUGAUGGGGUGGAAGAAUUUAUUGAGCAAAGAUUGUUGACGUUGUUGGAUGGCGACCGGCUACUAUCUCUAACGCCAGAUUCAGUAAUGAUGUUACUCUACGACGAUCGUCUCUCAUAUGUUCCAGUUGAAUUAAAACUUCGUUUUGUAUUACAAUGGAUUCAAAAAAGAAGUAUUACAGGGUCGAGUCAAAUCAACACUUUGAUGUCGAUGAUUGAUUUGUCCAGAGUAAAACUAAGUCACGAAGUAUCCUUUCAGCAAUUAGUUCCAUGCCUGGUUACGUGCGUAGUCGAUGUUUCGUAUGUAACAAACACGAAUACUUAUUGCACGAAAGUAGCAGUGUACUGUAUUGAAAAACAGCAAUGGUACAACGUGCGACUGCCAUACCCAACUCAGCAUUUUCUGCAAAUAUAUACCGACACAUCAACAAAUGCGUGUUACGCUCUUUGCUACAAUAAUGUUUUAAAUUGCGUUGAUAUCCAAGACAUUGUAAACAGGACAUCAGUAAGUAUUCCACUCGGAGUCGAAGUCAUUGCGCUUAGGGUUUUGACGAGGAAAGCUAUUUUUAAAAAUGGCUUCUGCUUUAUGAUGUUGUAUUGUCCAAGGAAUCGAUCAAUAUUAUUGAUGGGGCAAAUAUUAGAACAAACAGAAUUUUUUCUUCCAACAAAAUUGCAGCCUUGUUAGUGAACGAGAAAAAUAUUGUCAAGCUAAUUAUAUACGAUCUCGCCGCAUGCAUGAUAUGUACCGUUUCACAAGUAUACACAACAUUAAAUAGUGUUACUGUAUAUGGGAUAGAACAUGGCUUUGCAAUACUCGAUGGAAAUCGUAUACAAAUAAUAAGGAAUCAACACGGUUCAAAUUCUAAUGCCACGUUUGUUGUGACAGAAAUAGUGCGAUCAUCGAAUUUCGUUUAUCAUUUCGUAGAUAACACAUGUUACCGAUUCCAAUCAGGAAGGAACACACUCGAAAAAAUUGAUAUACACAAAUUUCUUGAUACUUCAAAUGACUGGAGAAGGAUUGAAAUUCCACGAGGUUUAGAAUUUGGGACAUCGUCUCUACAAAAUCUGUUUUGGGUGAAUUUUCCCGCGCGCUUACUCAAGUGUCAUUACUCUUGUCCACAUUGUAUUCGGUUAGAUAAAGAAGAGCUAUAAACACCAAAGGCGUUUGUUACGCUUCUCCACAGCACAACCACGUUCAGACAGCGAGAGCGAUUGUAAUACAAAUAGCGAUACCGACUCAGAUAGUUGACCCUUCGUUGUACACACGACGCAAUGGUGAUAUGCCAUGUAGUGUAUGUUUUGCAAUUUAAGUGCAAUUAUAACGUGUCUUAUGUAUGACUUAUAUGUAUGGAAAAAUGCAGUGAGGACAUUUUGUAAAAAAAGGAUAAGUUUUUGAAUAUAGCACUACAGUAUAUACUGAUUAAGAUAAACAAUAUUUACAUUUGAAACUUACUUGCUUUAAAUGUGUUUUCCUCAUAACCUACAAGUACCAUUUUCUGACGAAUUGAUUAACAUGUACAUGAACGUUUAUGUGAGUACAAACUCUUGUGAUCGUGAUGUUUUGUCGGUACUUAACAUUUGAUAGCAAACUCAUAUAUUAAGGUUUGUUAACUUUCUUGUAAGAGAUUUGUUCUUUUAAUUCAUGGACAUAAAUGUUUUUUAAUUUUUCUAU